ACCUUAUGGUCCCUUUUUUUGGCGUGAAAUUAGGAAGCUUGUUACAUUAUCUUUUCUUUCUAACCACUGAAUCAAUCUAUUGACUCAACUUCGUGUAUCUGAAGUGGAAACCUCGAUUAAAGAGCUUUAUAAUAAUUAUAGGUCAAGUGGAGAAAAAGACGAAAAUGGGUUUUUAAUGGUGGAGAUGAAGAAAUGGUUUCAUGAGGUGGCAUUCAAUACAGUACUUAGAAUGGUUGCUGGGAAGAGAUAUUUUGAGGAUAAUGUGAUUGUUAAAGAAGAAGAAGCAAAUAGGUGUUUGAAUGCUUUAAGGGAUUACAUGCGUUUGAUUGGUGUUUUUACUGUUGGUGAUGCUGUAGUGAUGAAGGAUAUUGUGAUCAAGAUUUUAUGGAUGUUAUGCUUUCUACUAUUCAUGGAACAAACAUUCAUGGCUUUGAUUCUGAUACUCUCAUCAAAGCUACAUCAUUGGCACUACUGGAGGCAACAGACACUAGUAGUGUUACUCACACAUGGGCCUUAUGUUUAUUAUUGAACAAUCCUCACACAUUGGAGAAAGUAAAAGAAGAAAUUAAUCUCCACAUUGGUACAAAGAGACUAUUAAUUACAGAGUCAGAUGUAAACAAUUUAAAACUUUUUAGAUUUGCUAGGAAUUUAAAAGUGUGUUUGGAUGAGGGAGUCCAAUUUUUUAAGUGAAUUCAAAUCUUUCAACUUAAAUUAUUUUGUUUGGAUAAUAAUUUUGAAAAACUUUCAAAA